UCAGCUUGUUGCCAUUUGUCUCACACAGAAUGAAAGUUUCCGUGGAGUGAUACGGAGUACGGACUAAAUCCACUUGGGUUUAUAGUGAACAGAUACCAUUUACAUUUUUCUAUACACGAAGGACUUAUCUUGUGGCAGGUCUUGGCAGAUCGCCGCCGUAUGGACGAUGAGGAGGAUGAUGUGUUUGAGCCAGACUUCCACUGCUGGCGCACAGCCUUCAGGGAGAUAAAGUACGAGGACAGGGGAACCCAGACACCCAGCCCUGUCCUGGCACUGCCCAAUAGUAUGGUGCCCUGCGGGGUGGCCCAGGAGCCCAGACCACUCUUCUACGGCAACGCAGGCUUUCGAUUGCACUUCCCAGCGCAGUUUGAGCGUGUUGGAGACCAGGGGCCUCAGGGGGAGCGAGGGGGGAUGGAGCGGCUCGAACAGCAGCCCCAGCAGCCAGCACGCAGCAUAGAGGUCUACAUUGGACAGAAACUCCAACUCAUCGGAGACCAGUUCCUCCAACAACACCUUCAACUGUAUCACCGAAACCAAAGGAACAUGAGGCCCUUGUGGAGGCGCCUGGCCUCGGCUCUGCUCACCCUGCUGUUUGAGCAGGAGGCCGUCGCUGGAGGGGGGAGAGCAGGGUGGAGGUGAUGGAGUGGACCAGCCCAGACUACCCCUCUCCCACAGGGACUCAUAAUGGCACUGUCAAAUCUAACACGGGUCUGUUGGGAUAAAUAAAAAAAGAGAAAAGGUCCCCGCGGGACGGAGACAACCAUUUUUUACGAGGUCGUUUUUUUCCAAGAAGAUGCCAUGUUGUUUCACGAGAUUCCUCUACUGGACGAUGUCCUUAUUUUGGUAAUUGUUUGAUGAAGUAUUUUGUACAGUACAUUAUUCCUGUUGAAUUUGUUUGCACUUCCGUAUGUGUACAUCUUGAAUAGCCUUUAUGGUCCCGGAAAUGCCUUAUCAAUGUCUUCUGCCACAACCCAAUGACUGUUGACAAGAACCAAGCAGAAGAAAGAAAGAGAUGGAGGGAUCUGAAGAAGGGAAAGAAGAGUGGUUCAUGGGGUUUUCUUUUCUGAAGUUUCCAGGAAAUAAUUGGUCAAACUUGAUAAUUUACUAAUUUCCAAAGAUGCGGUCUCUCAGAACAAAGCAUUUUGCACCUCAACUUUCUCCUCAAUGGGGUUGUGUAUACUGUUAUAGUACUGUCCUAUUACAUGUUGAUUAUUCUUUGCUCUUCCAGUCACUUUCAUUGUAUUGAUUUCAAUAAUUGUUGUUUUUCCCAGUGUCACCAAAAGUAAUAAGAACAAAAUGGUGAAGCACUCAGUGGCUUACGAUGUGGUAAGUGCCACUUUGUGGUUUGAAGGUAGAUACAGUACAUAGCCGCGGGAAGCAGCACCCUCAGCACCCCUACUUAUUUUUUUCUCACAAAAUUUGUGAACUAGGCCUUUAUUACUGCUGUAUUAGCAGAGAAAAAUACUCCUUAGCACCACCCCCCCACCCCCCUUCAACAGCACUCCCAACCCAAAACAUCUUCCUGCAGCCAUGAUACAAAAUACAACUUCCAAAGCAAAAGUGGAUCCCACGAGUUACUCAGAGAGAACACCAGAUUUUCAAUCAUAGUUUAUUUCAGAUUUAUCUUUGACUAAUUUCAUAAGUCCCCAAACUGGACCCCGGCCAUUGUAAGAGAGAGUGUGCUGAUCAUUUCCGUGUCUUAAGACUACCAGGCCCUUCAAGUGGAGCUAUGGAUCCACACUGUUUGCACUAUAGUACAUCAGUCAGGAGUAGAUUAGGUUACAAAGCCAACCUCUGUCAUUUUAUGAAGGUUUUUAACUGUAUCUGAUUUUUUAUAGUAACAUUACAAUGUUUUCAUUCACAUGACCAAGACAUAUCAUCCCAGGACGUGACUGAAUAUGGACUGUUAUUAUUAGAAUAAAACAUCUGAGGUACUAGUGAUGCUGGUUAACUGAAUGCCUCAUUGAAAUUCCAGUGUUUUUUAGCCCUCUAAUCGAUGUGCUUUCUAACCCAGAGUCAGAGAUGCACUUGUAUUCUGGACACCAAAACAAACAUGUGAAACAACAGCAUCUUCUUCCCUCUCAGGAUUCUUGCAUGGGCUUUUAUACUUCUUUUUUUGUUUGUUUUACCUGUGGGGUGAUCUUGUGUUAGUUCUUUGUCCUCAGAUCCUGUGGUGUAACUUUUUAAUAGAAAUCACCCACUGCUAAUCCAAUUGAUAAGAGAACGUGUCUGAGAUUAGAAAGUAACUGGUAGUGUGCAAGACUGUAAUUACUGUUGAAAUAUGAAUCUGUUUGAAGACACUGAUGUAUUGUUGAAGAUGCUGUUUGUUGUACAUUUUAUUGCCUUUUUACUUCACUUUUUGUCCAUUUUGAAGGAGCAGUAUACAUCAUGAGGCUGUAAUUUCAGACACAACUUUUGGUAAUUUGGUCCUACAGUCAUCUUCUGUGUCAUCUUUUGUCUGUAUAAUCAGUACUUUCUUUCAACCCUUCAUUUAGAAUGCUGGAGAGACAGGUAACUGCGAAAAUAAAGGAAACACCCAUAUAAAGUGUCUUCAUAGAGUGGCGUUGGGCCACCAUGAGCCAGAACAGCUUCAAUGCACCUUGGCAUAGAUUCUACAAGUGCCUGGAACUCUAUUGGAUGGAUUCGACACAAUUCUUCCACGAGAAUUCCAUAAUUUGGUGUUUUGUUGUUGGUGGUGGAAAACGCUGUCUCAGGUGCCGCUCCAGAAUCUCCCAUAAGUG